AUGGCGGCGGGGUUGGCGCAAUCGUCGGUGGCACAAAAGGCACUGGUGUCGGCGUCAUCCGAGAGAGUCUCCUCUCUGGCGCGAGGUGAUUUUGUCAUCGGAUCGCACUACAAGUUGCACGAGAAGAUUGGCGCCGGCUCAUUCGGUGACAUCUAUUCGGCGACGGUCAUUGCUACUGGUGAGGAAGUGGCCAUAAAAAUUGAGCACAGCAAGGCGAAUUUCACAGAUAUUAACGAUAAAGAAAAAGGAAAACAGAUAACACUGUUUAGAGGUGAUUCUGGCUUUCUUCUUCCAGUUCGAUUUUGUCUCACGGCAAUAAACUUUCGUCUCGAAAUUCCGGUCUUUUUGAUAAUUCACUUUCAGCCGGAUAAUUUCCUGAUGGGUGCUGGACGUCAGUGCAACAGAGUGUUCCUGAUUGAUUUUGGACUGGCAAAAAGAUACAUGAAUUCGACGUUCAACAAGCACAUCUCAUAUCGUGAAAACAAGGUAUCACGUUAUUUUCCAACAAUUAGAUGUUCAAAAAUCGGAACACAGGAUCAUAAGCAGGCUAACCACCCAAGCGCAGGCACAGCCUUGGUGACCAUCAGUCCCGGUAGGUGCGUUAAUGCAAUGAAAGUGCAUCAGAAUGCGACGAUAAUAACACAACAAAGCAACCCUUUUGCUGGUGUUUUAGACCUCAAAUUUCUGAAUUUUAUUGUUUUUAAGAAUUUAACUGGAACGGCGCGUUAUGCAUCCCUCAACGCUCACAACGGAAUCGAGCAGUCUCGAAGAGACGAUCUGGAAUCGCUCGGAUACGUGCUUGUUUAUCUCCUUAGGUUUCUUAUACUCAUUUUUUGGAGAAGAUUCUGUUUCUCUAGAAAUUCGCAUCUUUUUUUCAUCUUCAAUCACCGUAGUAAUAAAAUUCGCGGUUGCCUUGUUCUGGAUAGAAAUAGGUUCUUCAUGGGUUUUCAUGUGGAUCUAUUUCGAAAGGAACUUCUGGGCCAUGCCAAUCCUUUUGAUCUUGAGUUGCGUACCACAAUUCAGGCGAGUUUCACAGAUAUUAACGACAAAGAAAAAGGAAAACAGAUAACACUGUUUAGAGGUGAUGCUGGCUUUCUUCCAGUUCGAUUUUGUCUCACGUGGGGUCAUUUGAAGUAUGGGACGCAUAAUGAUUAUAAUGUAAUGGUAAUGGAUUUGCUGGGCCCCUCGCUCGAGGAUCUUUUCAACUUCUGCGGUCGCCGUUUCACGCUCAAAACAGUCCUGAUGCUCGCCGAGCAAAUGAUAUCACGUAUCGAAUUCAUGCACGCCAAAUAUUUCAUACACCGUGACAUCAAGCCGGAUAAUUUCCUGAUGGGUGCUGGACGUCAGUGCAACAGAGUGUUCCUAAUUGAUUUUGGACUGGCAAAAAGAUACAUGAAUCCGACGUUCAACAAGCACAUCUCAUAUCGUGAAAACAAGAACUUAACUGGAACGGCACGUUAUGCAUCCCUCAACGCUCACAACGGAAUCGAGCAGUCUCGAAGAGACGAUCUGGAAUCGCUCGGAUACGUGCUUGUGUAUCUCCUUAGGGGCUCUCUUCCAUGGCAAGGAGUAAAAGCAGCGACCAAGCGGCAGAAGUACCAGAAAAUUUUCGAAAAGAAACUUUCCACCUCUGUCCAGGAGCUUUGCAAAGGCUUUCCGUCGGAAUUCGGAACAUGUAUGAAUUAUUGCCGCAAGCUAAAAUUUGACCAGAAACCUGAAUAUAACUAUCUUAAACUGUUAUUUCGCCAUUUGUUUAAGAGCCUAAAUUUCAGAGUAAGCACCAUUUUGAUCAUGCCACUUACACUCAUCUGA